UGCACAUGUGUCUUCUCUCCCUGCUCGAUCUCAAACCUGCUCAACAAGACGUGUUGUUUCUGUUCUGCUGCUUUCGCCGACCGCUAUCGUCAACACAUUUUUGCAAAUUGCUUGCCAAAUUCGCCGCGAGUGCAUUGAUUAAUCCGUGCAAGUUGGCGGAUUCGAAAGAAACGUUUUCGUGGACGGAGAAACGGGCAAAACACCGUCAUGGUGAAGGCCAAGCGCGGCAAGAAGGCUGUCAAGGAUGGGAGUGACGACAGUGAUAUCGAGGUCGAUGAUGUGGCCGAAGAAGUGGGGAACUCGUCCAAGAACAAGACGAAAAAGAAGGCCAACAUAAAGCCGGGGUUUGCAUUGCUGGCUGCUGAGGACGACGACAUGAUUCAGGCUUCAGACGAUGACGAUGACAAGGAAGACUCUGAAGAAGAAGAAAAAGAAGAAACAAAGCCGGCAAAGAGCAGCAAGAAAGGCAAAAAAGCAAAGCCUGACCCGGAGCCUGUAGAUUCCGAUGAGGAGGAAGGGGUAAAACAAAAGGCUGGAAAGAAGGGCAAAAAGAAGAAAAAGAAAGAAGACAGUGAUGAGGAGCUUGAGAAAAUGCUAGCAGAGCUCAAGAUGGAGUAUACUGGAGAAAAAGAAUCUACUCCAGAGGCUGGUGCGCCAAAAGACAAGAAAAAAGAAGUAAAGGCAGAGCCUCAAGCUGAGGCUGACGAGGAGCAAGAUGGAGACGCUGAGGAAGGUGGUGAAAAUCAAAGCACAGUAAAAUCUGCGGCUCAGAAAAAGCGAGAAAAGAGAGAACGUGAAAAAGCUAACAAAAAGGCUCAGAAAACAAAACCGGACGAAGUUUCUAAACCAGCCGAAGAACCUACUGCUGAGGAGGUGGAAAAAGAAGAAGAAGUUGAUGACGAAGGCAAGAAGAAAAAGGGCAAGAAGGGUGCUGUUGACACCAAGGAGGAGAAAAAGCCAUCGAAGAAAAAUAAAAUGAUUGAAGCACUGAAGGAGGCGCAGCGUAAACAACAGGAGGAAGAGGAGCGUUUGAGAAUUUUGGCCGAGGAGGAGGAGAAAAGACUUCAGGCUGAAGAAGAGGUUCGUCUUGAAGCUGAGCGGAAAGAACUGGAACGGAAGGAGAAGAAAAAGCAGAAGGAGAAAGAACGCAAAGAAAGACUCAAGGCUGAGGGCAAACUACUUACACCGAAGCAAAAAGCAGACAGGGCACGUGCCCAAGCAAUGUUGGAGGCGCUCGGAGUUUCUGCUCCAGCUGCUGGUGAAAAGAAAGUUAGACCAGGGACGAGAAUCCGACCUAAUAAGAAAAAUCAACAACAACAGCAGCAAGAUGCGUCUUCUGAAGCAAAUGAUGAUGCUCAGGGGAAAGAGCAGAAUACAACAGGAAAUGCGGAAACUGCUGCUCCUGUAGAAGAAGUCAAGGACUCUUGGGAUCUAGAGUCUGAUAAUGAAUCGGAGAACAAAGCUUCCAAGCAUAAACACGUAAAGAAACGAGUUGAAGAAGUAAAAAAGGCACCUGAGCCUGAAGCUAAAGUAGAACUGCCUGAGCCUACAGAGCAGAAAGAAAGUUCCAGUGAAGAAGAAGAAGAGGAAAGUGAGUCUGAAUCUGAAUCCGAGACUGAUGACGAGGAACUGGAACACAUGACUGAUGCUGAGAAAAAAAGAGCUAAGGCUGUGGCUCGCAUUCAGAAACGAAGGGCUGAUGCGGAGAAAAAUCGGACGCCUGAAAACUUGAGAGCGGCUGUUAUUUGCGUACUGGGCCAUGUAGACACAGGAAAAACUAAAAUUUUGGACAAGCUUCGACGCACAAGUGUCCAGGCUGGAGAAGCUGGUGGAAUUACACAACAAAUCGGUGCCACAAAUGUGCCGAUUGAAAACAUAAAGGAGCAAACAAAAAUUGUCAAAGGGUACGCGCAAAUGGAUUUCAAACUUCCUGGCCUUUUGAUCAUUGAUACACCUGGCCACGCUUCAUUCAGCAAUCUUCGAUCCAGAGGUUCCUCUCUAUGUGAUAUGGCAAUUUUGGUUGUAGAUAUCAUGCAUGGUUUGGAGGAGCAGACUAUCGAGUCCCUCAAUUUGCUCAAAGCAAAGAAGACACCAUUUGUGGUUGCUCUAAACAAAAUUGAUAGGCUGUACGACUGGACCACUGUUAGUAGAAAAGACAUUCGAGAUGUCAUUAGUUCUCAGGCGUCAAACACUCAAGCCGAAUUUCAGCGCAGAGCAAAGGAAGUGGUUCUACAAUUUGCAGAACAGGGUAUGAACGCCGCACUGUUUUAUGAUAAUCCCGAUCCCAGGUCGUAUGUAUCCCUGGUUCCCACAAGUGCCAUCACUGGUGAAGGCAUGGGAAACCUGUUGGCCCUGCUUGUUACCAAUUGCCAGAGCAUGUUAACCAAAAGACUUAUGUUUAGCGAAGAGUUGCAGGCAACAGUAUUAGAGGUUAAAGCGAUCACUGGUCUCGGAACAACAAUUGAUUGCAUUUUAGUAAAUGGUCGCAUUCGGGAGGGUGACACUAUUGUGUUGGCUGCCUCAGAUGGCGGGGCUGUCGUUACACAGAUCAGGUCACUUCUCAUGCCACAACCCAUGAAGGAGCUUCGUGUAAAGAACGAUUACAUAGAAUACAAGGAAGUGGUUGCUGCUCAGGGAGUAAAAAUUGCUGCUAAAGAUCUGGAAAAAGUUAUUGCUGGGUUAAAUAUUCUGGUGGCCAAGGGUCCGGAAGAGAUUGAAAUUUGCAGAGAAGAGGUUGUUCGAGACUUAGCCCGUGAACUGGGAAGAAUCAAACUGCAAGACCGUGGCGUCCUUGUCCAAGCUUCAACUCUGGGCUCUCUUGAGGCCCUUCUGGAAUUCUUGAAGGACUCAAAGAUUCCCUACUCCAGUGUAAAAAUUGGGCCCGUGGUAAAGAAGGAUGUAAUGCGAGCAAGCACCAUGCUAGAACGAGAGAGCCAAUACGGCACCAUUCUGGCAUUUGAUGUGAAGGUUGAGCGUGAUGCCCAAGACUUGGCCGAUCAUUUAGGAGUGAAGAUCUUCCAGGCUGAUAUCAUCUACCAUCUAUUCGACCAGUUCACAGCCCAUCGAGAGCAAUUGAGGCAGCAACUGCGUCAACAAAACAAGCAUGUAGCCGUGUUCCCUUGCAAACUGAAGAUCUUGCCACAGUACAUUUUCAAUUCGAGAGACCCAAUUGUGAUGGGUGUGAUUGUCGAAGACGGAAUAGUCUGCGUUGGAACUCCAAUUUGCGUCCAAUCAAAGGAGGACCCGACCCAGAUCCUGGACCUUGGCAUUGUCACCAGCAUCGAGAGCAACCACAAGUCGGUGGAGAACGCGCGCAGGGGCCUCGAGGUGUGCAUCAAGAUCGAGAACACGGGCGAGGGGGCGCCCAAGAUGUUUGGCCGCCACUUCGACGAAAAGGACGUGCUGCUCAGCAAGAUCUCGAGGCAGAGCAUCGACGCUUGCAAAGAAUACUUCCGAGACGAUUUGAUCAAGAGCGACUGGCAACUCAUGGUCGAACUGAAGAAACUGUUCCAGAUUUUGUAGUUUUGAAAAAGAAAAUGAAAAAUCUGAGCCAAACCUUAGAAGACGAAAACGCCCUGAUUUCAAAUCCAAGCUUCCUUCGAGAUUAUAAAGUUAUUUUUGUUCUUUCAAUGAUUUACUUAUUUGAACUUAAUUUUUUUUCCAAAACCAUCUACGCUGAUAAAUCAAAUUAGACAAUUCUGUGACUGCUGAUUUAUUUUAUAUUUUUGUUCUCUCUCUCUCUCUUGCUUGCAGUUUAUUGCCCUUGUAGGUUCAAAAGGUCAUAUUGAACGAGUGAGUGAAAAGAAAAAAAAUCAAAUAAAAGUUAAGGAUUUGCUACAACUUAAUGGGAAUGAAA